AUGGCGACCUUGAUCACGGACACUGCAGCGGAUGCUUCAAAACUUGACGAAGCCAAACAACGCUUGCUGACCGAAGGAUGGGCCGUAGUGCCAGAUGUUCUCACCAGAGAUCAGUCCGCAGAAGUGCUGUCAAGGCUCUGGCAAGCCAAAGAAGCCAGCGAAGCUCGAGGUGACCGGACUAGAAUGGCACAUCUCGACCCGAACGAGUCUAACAUUCGCAUUUUCUACUUGAUGGAGCUGGACAAGAUCUUUCGUGACCUGAUCAGCCACCCGACCGCCGUAGAGAUGGUGAAAGCAGUUCUGGGAGAAGACUUCAUCAUCAGCAACUUUACCGCCAACAUCGCACGUCCUGGCUCGAGCUCCAUGGCAUUACACAGCGACCAGAGCAUCGUUAUGCCGGCACCUUGGCAAUCAACUUGGGCACUGAAUUGCAUUUGGUGUCUUACGGAUGUAUACAAGGAGAACGGUGCUACGCUGUACAUUCCAGGAAGCAACAAGUGGAUGAACCGGGAAGACAUACCAGGAGAUGCACCGAGACUCUUGCGACCAUUUGAGGCGAAAGCCGGAAGUAUCAUUCUGAUGGACGGCAGGGUUUGGCAUACGAGCGGCUCAAACGUGACAAGAGAUCAAGAUCGUGCUUUGCUUUUCGGCUACUACACCGCCAGCUUCUUGAGACAGCAGGUCAAUUGGACUGCCAAGUUGUCGCAAGACAUUCAAGACAGCUUGUCCGAGGAGAUGAAGGCACGGCUGGGGUUGUCUGUAGAUGCAAAUGUUGGCGCUACAGGGGACUUGAGAUACAUGGUAUGUCGCCGAUUCGCUCCCAGUCCAGCAGUUUGCGAAUACUGA